AAUCACCGUUCCAGUUUCUCGCCUAGCUCCUAGAUCACCUCAAAUCUGCUGCCCACUCGGUUGAGUGACACUUUCUCUGAUCAGCUGAAACUUCUCAACUCCCGUACCUCCAUGGUUGCGUGAAACUAAUCCACAGGUGAUUGCUUGGAAACAAGACUGCCAGAACCUGCAGUUCCGCUCCUCAGCAAAGACUGCUAGAUUUCUCGGCAUCCUCGGCUCGCCGCCAUGGCUCAGGUUGCAGAUCUCCUACAGUUGCUGAAAGAGUCGUUGAAAUCCGCCACUGACGGCUGGCCGGUGCCUCUGCCGGUCGUCGUGGCCAUCGCAGCGGGCGGACUCCUCCUGCUUCUCUUCGUGUCGCUCAGCGCGAAGCCCCGACGGAAAGUGGCUCUGCAUCCCGAGGAAUGGCGGAAGUUCCAGCUGAUCGAGCGCACAAACAUCACCCACAACGUCGUCAAAUUCCACUUCUCCCUGCAGUCGCCCGACACAGUGCUGGGCCUGCCCAUCGGGCAGCAUGUCAGCCUGCAGGGGAAGGACGAGAACGGGAAGGAGUUUAUGCGGCCAUACACCCCGACAACGCUCGACUCCGACGUUGGAUCCGUUGACAUCGUGAUCAAGAUCUACCCCAAUGGCGCCAUGUCACAGUACCUCAACAAGCUGGAGGUCGGCAACUUCGUUGCCAUGCGAGGGCCCAAGGGUCGCUUCAAGUACCGGCCCAACAUGUGCCGCGCGAUUGGCAUGGUUGCCGGAGGCACCGGGGUGACUCCCAUGUUUCAGGUGGCUCGUGCUAUUCUGGAGAACCCAUCUGACCGCACCAAAAUAUCUCUCAUAUUCGCCAAUGUCACGGCCGAGGAUAUUCUGCUCAAGGACGAGCUAGACGUACUGCUCAAGUCAGCACCUGACCGAUUCUCCAUCUACUAUGUGCUUAAUGAGCCACCCAAAGGGUGGACGGGGGGAGUGGGCUUCGUGACCCAAGACAUGAUCAAAGCGCACCUCCCUGCUCCUGCUGCUGAUGUCAUGGUGGUGCGGUGUGGCCCCCCCCCAAUGAACAAGGCCAUGGCUUCCGCCCUGCAGGAGCUGGGCUACUCCAGCGACUCCCUCUUCCAGUUCUAGUUCCAGGGCGGUGCAGUGCGGUACGCCCUCCCCCUGCAGGAGACUCCCUCUUCCAGUUCUAGUUCCAGGGCGGUGCAGUGCAGUACGCCCUCCCCCUGCAGGAGAUGGGCUAUCCAAGCGACUCCCUCUUCCAGUUCUAGUUUUAGGGCGGUGCAGUGUGGUACACCCUCCCCCUGCACCUCACCCCCCCUCUUGGUGAACAAGGCCAUGGCUGCAGCCCCGCAGGAGCUGGGCUACCCUAGUGACUCCCUCUUCCAGUUGUUACCCAGCCUCGUUACUUCAACCUGAAAGCUGCCGUAGUACCCUACCGUACCGUACCGUACCUCCACCAUUCAGUGUUGAAGUUGAAGUUGCCUCUCAGCUGCCUGUGGAGUGUUGCCUUGCCUCUCAAUGCCUAGGGUGGUGUGGUGUGGUGUGGUGUGGUGUGUAUGCGGUGUGCCCCCCUGCGAUGGCUACUGCACUGCAGGAGCUGGGCUACCCCAGUGACCCCCUCUUCCAGUCCUGUGUUGAACCAGCCUCCACCGUACAGCUGUACCAUUGCCUAAACAGUUCUGCUGGGACGAGUAACUUGACUGAAGCCCGGAGGCUCUGAGGCACCCAUUGGAAACAAACCACCACAGGUGUCUUGCACAAGUCAUGUGCAGGAGAGAGAGCCAAGGGAUGCACUCUGCAUAGCAUUCUGCACUGCACAUGAUGCACACCUCCAAACAGACUCAUAUUCUAGGAUUCACCUCUUCUGGCCUUUUUCUG